AAAAUGCCUACACAUCAGCCAAGCGCAAGUUUCUCCAACCACGAAUCUCUGGAGAUCUCUAACCCGCAAGUCUUGCCAUCCACUCCAAUUGCUGUUGAUUGCGAAGAAAGCAAUUUUUUCCAAGACCACAAGAAAAAUCCAUCUAAACAUUAUGUAAUUGUUAUGGUAGGAUUGCCAGCUAGAGGAAAAUCCUACAUUGCCAGACAGCUAACCAAAUAUUUGAACUGGUUGAAUAUUGAUUGUUCAAUUUUUAAUGCUGGAGAGAAAAGAAGAGAAAUGCUAGGAGCUGGGCAAUCUUCUUUCUUCUGGGAUAAGAACAAUUCAGAAGGGCAAGAACAAAGAAAGAGGAUUGGUCUUGUUACUCUUCAAGAGUUGAUUGAUUGGUUAAUGUUGGAUGAAACUGAAAACGAGGAAUCCUCAAAGAAAAUGAAAUAUGGUGGUGGGAAUUGUGCUGAGGAAUAUACAAAAAGAGAGAUCAAAUGUGCAAUUUUUGACGCAACAAACACAACCAGAGAACGAAGACAAAUGAUUAUUGAUCAUUUGACAGACAAAAAUCUACCAAGACCUUUGGAGCCAAAUCAUAUUAUUUUUGUGGAAUCUAUCUGUAACAAUCCACAAAUUAUUGAAGCCAAUGUAAGGGAUAUUAAAAUCAAGUCUUCAGAUUACAAAGGUGUUUCUGCAGAACAAGCAAUUAACGAUUUUAUGCAAAGAAUCAAAGCCUAUGAACAAGUAUAUGAAACUAUUUCAGACGAUGAGGAAAAGAGAUUAAGUUAUAUUCAAAUGAUAGAUAUUGGUAAAAAAUUCAUCCUUAAUAGAAUUGGUGGAUAUGUACCUGGAAAAAUUAAUCAGUGUUUAAUGAACAUUCAUUUAGCUCCAAGAGUAAUAUGGCUUUCAAGACAUGGAGAAAGUAUGGAUAAUACAAUGGGAUUGUUAGGAGGAGAUUCAAACUUGACUGAAAAAGGUCAAUGCUAUGCUAAAGUAUUAUAUAGAUUUGUUAAGAGGAUGCAAGAAGAGAGAAGGAAUCAAGAAAUAUCAAUCGAAAAACCACAAUUGGACAAUAUGAUGGUUUGGACUAGUCUUUUAAAAAGAACACAACAGACAUCCUUCCAUUUUAAACAUGAUGAAAACUUCAAAGUUGUUCGUUGGAGAUGCUUAAAUGAGCUAGAUGCUGGCGUUUGUGAAGGAAUGACAUAUGAAAGAGUGAAAGAAGAGCUUCCUCAUGAAUAUGAGGCCAGAGAGGCUGACAAAUUCAGAUACAGACCACAAAACGGAGAAAGUUAUUUAGAUAUGAUUUAUAGAAUUGAACCAGCCAUUGCUGAACUAGAAAGACAGAGAUGCCCUCUUUUAAUAAUUGGUCAUCAAGCUGUAAAUCGUAUAUUGUAUUCAUAUCUCACUGGACUACGUCCAGAAACUUGCACAAGACUUCCAAUUCCAUUAAACACAGUUAUUGAAAUAAUCCCUAACGCAUAUGGGGUGGAGGAAAAGAGAUACGAUUUAAAUCAAGAGGUACAAAAAGAAUACGAAUUAAUUAUGUCUCAAAAGAAAUAAUUUAAUUUUUGGUCUCUUUUGAAAUUUGUAAGGGAAUUGGAAGAUUUCUUCUCAUCAUCAUUUUGCUUUUUUUACAUUCAGUUAUUACACAAAGAGUGUGGAACCAAUUAUUAAAUAUUCCCUUAUUAU